AAGCUGUCUUGCACAGCCUUUUUAGAAAACUGAGGCUUGAGAUGGUAGCCUUCUCGUCUGCCUGCCUACUACUCCAAGCCGCACGGAGCCUGUGCGUUCGGUGCAGACCGUGCCAUAGGCUAGCGAGAAGGAGAUCGGCGUCACUAAGAAGAAUUACAGGCUGCUAGGUUUGCCUGCGUUACUUGCUAGCUGGAAGUUGCCUGCUCAUGUAAUGCACUCACUGACUCAGGAAAUCAGAAACUUCUCCAGGAAAAAUCUUAAGAAGCAAUGCACAAGGGUAACAACUUUAACGGGGAAGAGGAUUACAGAGACAUGGAAAGAUGCCCGAAUGCAGGUGGUGGAAGAAGCAGAGCCAAGUGAUGGGUUCGGUUGUGGUUACGUUCAGGACCUUAGCUUGGACCUGCAGGUUGGCGUUAUUAAGCCCUGGUUGCUGCUAGGCUCACAAGAUGCUGCUCAGGAUCUGGAGACAAUGAAAAAAUAUGGGGUUACUCAUGUCCUAAAUGUGGCAUAUGGAGUUGAAAAUGCCUUCCCCAAUGACUUUAUAUACAAGAACAUUUCUAUACUGGAUCUCCCUGAGACUGACAUCACAUCGUAUUUCCCAGAAUGUUUUGAGUUUAUUGAGCAAGCCAAGAUGCUGGAUAGAGUGGUGCUGGUUCACUGUAAUGCAGGAGUUUCUCGUGCUGCCGCAAUCAUCAUUGGUUUUCUAAUUAAUUCAGAAGGACUCAAUUUUGCUAGAGCAUUUUCUUGGGUGAAAAAUGCAAGACCUGCUAUCUGUCCGAAUCCUGGCUUCAUGGAGCAGCUUCGCAAGUACCAAGAGUGCAGUAAAAAGGCAAAUGAAAGCAUAAAUGAUCACAAAUGAGAAAAUGAGAGAAAUGCAUGCAACUAUCUGUGUGGUUAUACUGUAACAAAUGUGCUGACAUAGCAUACCUUAAACUGUCGUUUCUGAAUUUAAAGAUCUAUGUAUGAGGGGAGGAUAAAUACAUUUCCCGCACAGUUAAUUCUUCAGCUUUUUAGUCUCAAUGGACUGUUACACUUGUUGGUCCAGACAUCAAGUUGCUAAGAGACCAGCUUUUCCCCUGAUAUUCUUCCACUGACUUCAGAGAUAAUUUGGCCCAAGGACACAUUUUUUUCCCCCAGAGUGGUGAGAAAACGAUCAAACAAGUUCUGGUUUGUUUGAAAUAUCAGAUAGAAGAGAAUGGUAGGUUUUCAUUGAACUGUCUGUGAAAGUAGCAAUAGAAAAAUAAAAUAAAAUGCAGGCUCAGAUAAUAGUUUCCCCCAUCUACUUUAAUACCACGUCCAAUCUUUAUCCAUUCUAGCUGGUUGUAAAAUCUAGAUAAUAAACUGUUCUUAUAACAAAAUGCCUCUGUUUUGUUCUUAAGUUGAUCUUGCAAGGCAAACAGAUUUUUACUGAAUUCUGUGGGUUAGCCAGACAGUAAGGAGCCUUCUCUUCCCUUGCAUCCUGUUCAGGGGCCAGCCACAAGCCUCCUUAAGAAUAAAGAAAGUGCUUCCUGCUGGAGCUUUCAGUGAUACUAGUCUCCAAAACAGGAGGGGGAAACUUACCUCUUCCUCUUUAUCUCCUGCAACACACAGUAUAGUUAGGCCUGCUCAAAAAAGAGUUUACUUUUUCAAAGGGUGCUGCUCCAAUGUGCACUACCCUGAAGCUGUCCACUCUCUGUAAGCCCCAGAAUAUGGUUACAGACUUAAAACCCACAAUGUUGUGUAUACUUCCUUACAGAACAAGGACAAAAUAUUGCCCUCAUUUACACCCAUUCAAACCAGUAAUAUAAACUGGUUUAAAACUGAAGAUGGAGAUGACAUAAAGAAGCAGUACCAAAAACAGAAGGUUGAAGCUGAGAUACCUAAAAGAGGCAGGAUGGUCAAACAAUUAGUAAUCUUUUCUUUAAAGUUCUUCAUCUCAUCAUUAUCCUGCCAGCUCUCAUAAUUGACAAACAACUCAAAGGGAGAAAUUCAAGAAUAAAUAGGUGUGAAAAGCAUUAAAAGAUUAAUUUCUUUACCACAG